AUGCCUUCAUACAAAGAAGUGAGAAACAGCAACCGCUUCUAUUAUUUCAUCAAAUUCACCUUAAAUGUCUACUCAAUGCUCUUCUCGGUAAGUGUUGUUAAUGUGGACUUGUUGGUUUCAGGGACAGGGUUGGGGACCAGCUCUCAAGAACCCAAGCGGAGUAUUACCGUCUAUUUGAAUGGGCUAGGGGGGACCACAUUGUUGGCUGUCAGAAAACCACCACCUUUGUUUACUAGCCAGCUGGCUAGCUAGCCAGUGUAGUAGCUAGCUAGUAUCGGUAUCUUCCUAGCUCGCUAGCUAACUCUGGUGCCAAAUUGCUUGCCAGAAGAACGAAUAAUGCCAAGGAAAUACUACUGUGUCUACACUUUAUCUGAUAUGGUCGUUAAUUUACUACACUAGGCUACACUCUCCUUUCUGCUUUGUGGUACAGGGCAGGGCGUGGGACUACUGAGUGAUACAGUGAAAGGGGUGGUCUGCGUCCCCUAUUCCCUAAAUAGUGCACUACCUUUGACCAGAGCUCUAUCUGGGCCCUGGUCAAAAGUAGUGCACUAUAUAGGCGAUAGGGUGCCAUUGGGACAAAGCUGUGUGUUGAGAGGCCUUUACUCUGAGAGUGAGGGCUUGAGAUUGAGAGCAACCUGUCCCAGUGCUCCUAAGAGGGAUGAACCGUUCGCUCUGCUCUGCUUUGUCUGUGCAGUGUAUAGCUAUCAGUACUGUAUCUUCCUAGCUCGCUAGCUAACUCUCUGGCAUCAAAUUUCUUGCCAGAAGAACAAAUAAUGCCAAGGAAAUACUACUGUGUGUACACUUUGUCUGAUCUAGUCAUUCAUUUACUACACUAGGCUACACUCUCCUUUCUGCGUUGUGGUGCAGGGCAGGGUGUGGGACUACUGAGUGAUACAGUGAAAGUGAAGUGGGAUAUUUAAUUUUUGUUAGACAGGAAAUAUGUUGCUAGCUGUAUUCCAUGAACAAUUAUUAUUGUUUCAGCCUAUAGCCUAGGGCCUACAUAUUGCAAUAUUGUGACAGGCAGGGCCAUUCAAUGUAGCUAGCUAUGCUAUGCCUACAUAUUACUACACUACAUUUGAUACGGCCUAAUGAGUCAAAUCAGUUUUCUGUGACCCAGCUGUUGACAUGCCUCUUCUAGGUGUUGUGAGGCAUGUGGGGCAUUUACUACAUUGUAAUUACAGCUUUUCAGGGCAGUAGUGGGUUACACAGGAAGGUCUAAUUCACUUUAAAUCCAUAACAUGCUAGCCUACAUGACACACCUUCAAUUGUGUGCCAUGUAGGCUUUAAGGCGAUGAAUCUGUAGGCAGUUUACAGAAUAUUAAAAGUAUUGUUUGUCUGUUUAGAAUAGGGGAAUUUGCAUCAUGGAUGUAUUUUACAGCAAAUAAGUAUUUUGGGGUGAAUAAGCAUAAUUCAAAUGCUGCUGGGUCUACGGCUGAACUUUCUAGUGCCAUUUUUUAGUGAAUAGCCUAGUUUGCUGAGUGUUCAUUCUUCGAUUAUGACACAAUCUCAUUGCACAGACUGUCACUGUCUCCCAGUGUCACAUGAUUUGGGGUUUCUGACACAAGCCUUUUCAGGAAUGGCAUGCAACCAACCCACCCACACGUAACACAGCUCCAUAUAGCCUAUCUCUGUGUACCAUGUGGCACAAGUCACAGACUGUAAUUUGCUUUACCAACUGUACUUAGGUUAUAAGCGUUGCCUGCAGUAAUAUUGUAGUGCGUCCCCUAUUCCCUACAUAGUGCACUACUUUUGACCAGUGCUCUAUGGGCACUGGUCAAAAGUAGUGCACUACAUAGGGGAUAGGGUGCCAUUGGGACAGCCUGUGUGUUGAAAGGCCUUUACUGAGUGAGGGCUUGAGAUUGAGAGCACCCUGUCCCAGUGCUCCUAAGAGGGAUGAACAGUACUCUCUGCUCUGCUUUGUCUGUGAAGAUGAUGCAUUAACCCAGUAGGAUGCUGCUAUGCCAGACUGUACUGUCAUCACACCAUCAGGCAGAGAGGACGCUGCAGCUGAAAGAGAGGAGAAAUGGAAGUGGGGGAGUUAGUUAGAGAUAAGCAUGGAUGGCUUUGUGACUUUAGCUUGCUUUCAAUUGGUUUUCUUGGCUAUACAUCAGUAUAACGCUGGGCGAUAUGGACAAAAGUCGCGAUAAAUUGCAUGAUUUGAUACGAUAACGACAAGUAGAAUUAUCAUUUUAUAACAUUAAUGUCUAGAUUCUAAAGGUAUCGCACAUCUGAGGUAUCUUUUUUGCAGGUGCAUGGUAACAGCUGAAUUAGAUGAGAAAAAAAGAAGAAACCCGCACACUUCUUGCUAGUAUCACUGCUCUUUAAUAAGCUUUACGUAUCGGCCUCAAGGCCUUCGUCAGAGCUUUGAUUAAAGAGCAGUGAUACUAUCAAGAGCAGUGUGCGGGUUUCUUCUUCGUUUCUCAUAACAUUAAUGUCUACCACAGUUUUUUUUGUAAUGAUCCUGUACACUACUACUACUAGUUUGAUGGUUGUAGCCAUCAAUUGUCCCAUUAACAAUCACCCAUAUUAGCAAACCUAUUUCAUUUCAAUCGUCACAUUUCUCUAGUAUAGACUACUUAUCGUCAUGAACGAUAUCAGCAAAAAUGCUUGCUAUAAAAUUUAUAAGUAUGGUCGGUGUCAAUCAUUUUAUGUUUAUUGUCCCAGCUCUACAUCAGCAUUUAUGUAAUAAAAUUCAACCUAACCUUGAGUAGUGACUCAGUGUUUAAGUGAUGUCUUUAUGAAUGUAUAUGUGUGCCGACGACACAACGGUGGUGGGCCUGAUCGCCGACGGUGACGAGACAGCCUACAGGGAGGAGGUUGGAGCCCUGGCAGAGUGGUGCCAGGAAAACAGCCUCUCCCUCAACGUCAGCAAAACCAAGGAGCUGAUUGUGGACUAUAGGAAACGGGGGGAGCACAUCCCCAUCCACAUCCACAGGGCUGCAGUGGAGUGGGUCAAAAGCACCAAGUUCCUCAGUGUGCACAUCACAGAGGACCUGACAUGGACCAAUCACACCACCACCGUGGUGAAGAAGGCGCAACAGCGUCUCUUCAAUCUCUGGCGACUGAAGAAAUGUGGCAGGGGCCCUCAGAUCCUCGAGACGUUCUACAGCUACACAAUCAUCUUGAUCGGCUGUAUCACCGCCUAGUAUGGCAACUGCACCGCCCUCAACUGCAAGGCUCUACAGAGGGUGGUGCAUCAUUGUGGGUGAGCUCCCUGUCCUCCAGGACAUGUACAACAGGCAAUGUUUGAGGAAGGCCCGGAAGAUCGUCAAGGACUCCAGUCACCCGAGCCACGAACUGUUCACUCUGUUACCAUCUAGCAAGCGGUAUCGGAGCAUCAGGUUCUACCACCAGGCCAUCAGACUGCUGAACAGCUAACCCUAGCUUUCUCCCUGCACAGACCUGCACCUUACAGACUAUUUGCACUUCAGAGACUAUCUGCACCUUAGAUUAUUUGCACUGACUCUCCACACAUUCAACCCUUACACACAAACACACACAAACAAACACAAAAGGACACACUCAGACUCGUACUUGAUAUUAUUGUUAUGAUAGAUAUUGACUAAUGUACUGUAUUGUUGAGGGAGCUAGCACACAAGCGUUUCACUGCAACUUUUAUACCUGCUGAAAACUGUGUACGUGACAAAUACAAUUUGAUUUGAUUUGCCUAUGGGAAAAUCCCAAAUCUCUAUGAGUCACCAUAGACAACCUUUGAGUACCGGCUCAGUUGUGUGCUCCUAUAGUUAGGCCGCUAGGUGUGGAUGUGCUGCCUGGAGGUGUUAGAAUAGAAAGUCUUUAAAGCAGACUAUUGAACAGAUCCUAGUGCUCUCUGCCUCUUUUUUCUAUUUAUCAUAGUUUAAUUUCAAACCUUAGCCUAGGCUAGUGGAUGAGUCAGCAGAUUUGGAUGGAGAGUGUAUUUUACUCAUCCAGUUACGUUAUCAGUUAAAUGUAACCCUGCCCCGCCAUCACUCUCUCUUUCCACCACCAUAUUUAGUAAAUACUUGUUUUCCUGAAAUCAAUCAGCGGGUAUAAUGAAUCCCUCUCUCUCUCCCUCAAAGCUGAGGAACGCUCAACUCCGUUCUCUUAUAUCAAGGCGGAGUUGAUUAUUGAUAACUGGACGCGCGAUUUGCUAGCAACAACAUUGAGUCACCAUCAGUUGAUACUUGUAAAAAUCUCAAUUCUGGAAACGCUUACCUGUACCUAUUUUUGACCUGUACAAUCGCGGUCCUUUGUGUUACUCAACUGGAGACGUAGCGGUCUUGACGUAAGCUGGGAUUCAAUUGGCACGUGCAUUCACGCUGAGUUGAGCAACACAAAUGAGGGAAAAGUCGGUGGUUGUAUUCAAAUAUUUUUUUUUAAUUAAAAGUAUGAAUUUCAGCACCGCGCGGAAGGACCACAGUUGUACAGGACAAACAUAGGUACAGGUAAGAGUUUGGUAAAAAUUGUCAUUUUUACAAGUAACGACUGAUGGUGACUCAAUAUUGAGCGUUCCUCAGCUAUCUCCCUCUCUGCUUUCCCACUCUCACACUCCAUGACUCUCCCUCUCAUCUCACAGGAAAUUGCAGUCAUUUUCAUGUUCAAUUUUCACUCCACCUCUCUCUUUGUCUGUCUGUAGCUCUGUCUGUCUCUCUGUCUGUCUCUCUCUCCCUCCCUCUCUCUACAUCAGCCAUACUGCUGCUGAGUAUGAACUACAAGAAAAUGUCAGUGACUUCCCUCGCUUAGAUUGUAAUUUUCUCUCCUUCUCUCCAGUCUUUCUCACUGCUUGUGUUCAUCCUUUUUCCGUGUUAAGAUGGAAUGCCUUGGCUUCUGUUCCCCCAAGAGCUCCCCUGGCCCACAGCCAGCCAUGCAGGAGCACUCACUGUUAAUGAAUGCUAUUUCUUCUCCUUGUCUGUUCAAUCUGCUUAAUGUAGUUUCACACAGGUUUGCGAGAAUCCGUCAUGUGUGCCUGUAGGUUUCCUUUGGGAAGGAGAGAGUCAGUCGACUAAUCCUUUGAGAGAGUGUGUGUACUGUGUAGUAUAUUUGCAUUGCUUCUUAUCGGUCUGAAGUUUGGUCAUUUGUCAGAUGAUGUGUUUGUCUCUUACGCUCAGUGUGUCCAGCCUACUGCUCAGUCCACUUAGGCUACACUAAUGUGGGUGACAGAGUGAAUGAGAAAUGAGCUAACCGCUGUAAGAGACUUAAAGUAGGCCUACAUCUUUUGAAAAUAUCCACUGGACACAGACGUCAUUUUAACAUCUAGUUUUGAUUUACAUUUGGUUGUGUUGUCAACUAACAUGAAUUCAGUGUGAAAUCAACCUACAAUUUUACCCUGUCAUUGGAUUUAGGAAAAAAAUCUAAAAGUCCCUUACGUUGAUGACCUUUUGCAAAUCCAAUCAGUAUUACACAUUAAUUCAACGUAAUGUUUUGCCCAGUGGGUAGGGACUUAAUACAUUUUCUGAUGUUGGGCGGGGUGGUGGUGGUGGUGCUGUCAAUAGUGAAUAGACUAAAGUAGGGAAAGAGUGAUGAGGCUUGCUCUCUUAGUGCAGAUUGCCUCUCUUCCUAAUUGAGAAUCGAUAGGUAGGCCUAUGGGGUGGAGAUUGUUGUUUGUUUUUCUCUGCUUUCUGCGAGAGUUGCAGAAAGAAAGGACUAUCAUUAUGAGUCAAAGUCUGCAUUCCAAAUGGCACCCUAUUCCCUAUAUAGGCUAGUGCCUUAAUAGUCCCUUUAAUUCACUAUAAAGUGAAAAGGGUGCCAUUUGGGAUGCAGACAACGUGAGACCCACCCUGCCAUGGUUUUGAAAGCUCUCAAAUGGCACACCAGGAGAUAGUCAAGUGGGGUUUGUUUGAUGCUAACAAGGCUGAUAACACAACAACACAGCAGCUAGCCUAGGACUAGUUCUAGAACCACCAUCUCCUGUCAUCAUUUGCUAACUUUACUUUGGGCAGCAGCCAGGGUGUGAGCAGGAGCACUAACACUAAGCAGCCAGGGUGUGAGCAGGAGCACUAACACUAAGCAGCCAGGGUGUGAGCAGGAGCACUAACACUAAGCAGCCAGGGUGUGAGCAGGAGCACUAACACUAAGCAGCCAGGGUGUGAGCAGGAGCACUAACACUAAAGCCCUUUGUGUUUCCUAAUUGACUACAAGGAACAAGGAAAAUGGGUCGCAUCAUCAUGAUGCUACCACUAGAGAAGAAGACAUGGGAUGCAUCCCAAAUGGUACCCUAUUCCCUAUAUAGUGUACUACUUUUGGCCAGGGCUCUGGUCAAAAGUAGUGCACUACAUUAAAUUUACAUUUUAGUCAUUUAGCAGACGCUCUUAUCCAGAGCGACUUACAGUUAGUGAGUGCAUACAUUUUUUUCAUACUAUAUGUAAUAGGGUACCAUUUGGGACUUAUCCGUGCUAUUUUGAAGAUGUCCAUGUUAUUUGACAUCAGCAAUGGGUUUACAACAUAAUCCAAGGGAAACAGUAGCUUUGAACAUGCCGAUAGCUUUGAACGUUGCUCGCUUGGUUAGGCUUUCUAUGCACACUGCUAUCAUAAAAUCCUGUUAUCUGCAAGGAUGCUUAUUCAGAAAGAUGGCACUCUGCAGCGCUCUGACCGUCUCACCCUAACCCCUACCCUCUCUUCUUCCCCCUCUCCCUGCCUCCCCCUCUCUCUCUCCCUGCCCCCCCUCUUUCCCUCUUUCCCUGCCUCCCUCUCUCCCUGCCUCCCCCUCUCUCUCCCCCUUUCCCUGCCUCCCUCCCCCCCCCCUCUCUCCCUGCCUCCCCCUCUUCCUCUCCCUCCCUCUCCCUCCCCCAGCUUCUGGGCCUGUGUGUGUUGUGCGUGGGGGUGUACGCGGAGGUGGAGCGUCAGAAGAACCGUACCCUGGAGGGGGUGUUCCUGGCCCCCGCUGUGGUGCUCAUCCUGCUGGGCCUGGUGAUGUUCACUGUCUCCCUGGUGGGCAUGGUGGGCUCCCUCAGGGACAACAAGACCCUGCUACACAUGGUGAGAGAGGAGAGGAAUGGAAGAGCGAGAGGGAGGGGGAGAGGAGGGGGGAUAUGAGGAGAGAGGGAGGUUUGGAUGGAGAAGAGGAGGGAGGAAGGAAAGAAAGAAUAGGAGGGUUGAGAGAUUGGGUUGAAGAGAGUGGGAGGAGGGGGACAGGAGAGGAGAAGGGGACUCUGCUGACUGGGCUAUGUCAGUCAGCCUGUGGAUGGGGUUGCCUAUCUCAGCCCAGCAAGCUGUCUGCAGAGCAGUUUGUUUGUCAAUCAAUUAUCUCUCCCUCUCAUCUGGGAUAUACAGAUAGCAGCUAAACUCUGGUCCCUCUGGCUUGAUGUGUACAUGUCAGUGCAUUCUCUCUCUCUCUUUCUCCUGUCUGUCUGUCUUCCAGUUUUUGUGUGUCCUGUGUGUGCUACUGUUCCUGCAGGCUGUGGCUCUCAUCGUUGCACUCAUCUUUGAGAAAAAGGUAAGUUAUCUCUCUCUCUCACACACUCACACACACACUCACACACACACACACACACACACACACGGCUGUAACACAUGUUCACAUGGUACACCGGUGUCGCCUCUGGCAUUGCCUCCAGCAACGAUAAGAUCACAUCACAGCAGCAUUCAAUGUGAUGGAUGAUUCAUUUUUUUCAUCAUCCCCCUCUCUCUCUCUACUCUUCCUCUCUCUCCCUGUAGACAUCAGCCCUGUUCCAGAGCAGUAUACGAGAGGGAAUUAAACACUAUUACGAUGAUCUGGACUUCAAAAACAUCUUGGACUUUGUGCAACAGAAGGUAAGAGGACACCAUUUUCAUUAUCAGAAGCAACAGACAGGAAAUAGUGGCAUGUGAUGUGUGUGUAGUCCCGUGUGGCUCACUUGGUAGAGCAUGGUGCUUGCAACGCCAGGGUUGUGGGUUCGAUUCCCACAGGGGACCAGUAUGAAAAUGAACGAAGUCGCUCUGGAUAAGAGCUUCUGCUAAAUGACUAAAAUGGAAAAUGUACAGAAUGAAGAGAACACUGAGAUUACCCACUGGGCACACACUGGUUGAAUCAAUGUUGUUUCCACGUCCUUUCAAUUAAAUUACAUUGAACCAACAUGGAAUAGAUGUUGAAUUGACAUCUGUGGGUAGGGUUGCAAAGAGAGGGUAUACAGUGCCUUCUGAAAUAUUCCGACCCGUUGACUCUUUCCACAUUAUGUUAGGUUACAGCCUUAUUCUAAAAAGUUUUUUUUAUUUCAUUUUUUAUAUUCCCUCAUCAAUCUACACACAAUACCCCAUAAUGACAAAGCAAAACCAGGUUUUUAGACAUUUUUGCAAAUGUAUUAAAAAUAAAAAACGUAAAUACCUUUGGCAGCGAUUACAGCCUCAAGUCUUCUUGGGUAUGAUGCUACAAGCUUGGCACACCUGUAUUUGAGGAGUUUCUCCCAUUCUUCUCUGCAGAUCCUCUCAGGCUCUGUCAGGUUGGAUGGGGAGAGUCGCUGCACAGCUAUUUUCAGGUCUCUCCAGAGAUGUUCGAUUGGGUUCAAGUCCGGGCUCUGGCUGGGCCACUCAAGGACAUUCAGAGACUUGUCCCGAAGCCACUCCUGCGUUGUCUUGGCUGUGUGCUUAGGGUCGUUGUCCUGUUGGAAGGUGAACCUUCGCCCCAGUCUGAGGUCCUGAGCGCUCUGGAGCAGGUUUUCAUCAAGAAUCUCUCUGUACUUUGCUCCGUUCAUCUUUGCCUCGAUCCUGACUAGUCUCCCAGUCCCUGCCGCUGAAAAACAUCCCCACAGCAUGAUGCUGCCACCACCAUGCUUCACCGUAGGGAUGCUGCCAGGUUUCCUCCAGACGUGACACUUGGCAUUCAGGCCAAAGAGUUCAAUCUUGGUUUCAUCAGACCAGAGAAUCUUGUUUCUCAUGGUCUGAGAGUCUUUAGGUGCCUUUUGGCAAACUCCAAGCGGGCUGUCUUGUGCCUUUUACUGAGGAGUGGGUUCCGUCUAGCCACUCUACCAUAAAGGCCUGAUUGGUGGAGUGCUGCAGAGAUGGUUGUCCUUCUGGAAGGUUCUCCCAUCUCCACAGAGGAACUCUAGAGCUCUGUCAGAGUGACCAUUGGGUUCUUGGUAUCCUCCCUGACCAAGGCCCUUCUCCCCCGAUUGCUCAGUUUGGCAGGGCGGCCAGCUCUAGGAAGAGGCUUGGUGGUUCCAAACUUCUUCCAUUUAAGAAUGAUGGAGGCCACUGUGUUCUUGGGGACCUUCAAUGCUGUAGACAUUUUUUGGUACCCUUCCCCAGAUCUGUGCCUCGACACAAUCCUGUCUUAGAGCUCUACAGACAACUCCUUCGACCACAUGGCUUGGUUUUUGCUCUGACAUGCAGUCAACUGUGGGACCUUAUAUAGACAGGUGUGUGCCUUUCCAAAUCAUGUCCAAUCAAUUGAAUUUACCACAGGUGGACUCCAAUCAAGUUGUAGAAACAUCUCAAGGAUGAUCAAUGGAAACAGGAUGCACCUGAUCUCAAUUUUGUGUGUAAAAGGGUCAGAAUACUUAUGUAAAUAAGGUAUUUAUGUUUUUUAUUUGUAAUACUUUUACAAAAUUUCUAAAAAUCUGUUUUCGCUUUGUCAUUAUGGGGUAUUGUGUGUAUAUUGCAGAGGAUUUGUAUUUAUUUAAUCCAUAUUAGAAUAAGGCUGUAAUGUAACAAAAUGUGGAAAAAGUCAAGGGGUCUGAAUACUUUCCGAAGCCACUGUAUUACUGUAAAAUGUAUAUGUUUACCAGUAAACUACCAGAAUUGUGGUAUCUUUCAAGGAUUUAAUGUAACCUAUCACAAGACAUCUAGUGGCCCUUUUGGGUACUUCAGAUUAUCACAGGUGUCUGUAAUUAUCUCUGGCCUCUCUCUGGCCUUAUCACAUCACAUGUUUAAUAUAAUUUCUGAUAGUUCUGUGUUUCAUUUUCAAUAAACAUUUCUAAAAACAUGUUUUCACUUUGUCAUGAUGGUGUAUUGUGGUUAGAUGGGUUAGAAAAUAAAAUCUAUUUAAUCAAUUUUGAAUUCACAAAAUGUGGAAGGGUAUGAAUACUUUCUGAAGGCACUGUAUAUGAAUACUUAAAAAAAAAAGUUAUUUAAAUAUAAAUUACCAACGUUACGAUAGAUUACCAUAGAUUUUCUGCAAUAUGUAACAUUUUGGGCAACCCGACUAAAUUCAAAUAGAAAUGUGUGUUAUAGAUCUGUCAUUCUCAUUGAAAGAAAGUAUAAGAAGUGGUAGAUCUGUUCUAUGUGCGAUAUUUCUAUGCUUCCCGUUCGUAAGUUUAGUUUUUUGCGUCUUUUACUUUCGGUUUUGUACCCCAGCUGAAAAUACAAUAUUUUUGGUUAUUGAAAAUAUAUUUCAUAGUGAUUUAGAUGGUACAAUGAUUCUCAACCCUAUAUUUGCUUGUUUUGUCACAUAAACUGAAAUUAGGCGAACUAUUCACAUUUUUGCAAACAGGAAAUGGCAGAGCCAUUUCUGCAUAGUGCAUCUUUAAUUGCCAAAAUUACUGAAGAUUCCAAUAACUUUGGUAAAUUACCGGUAGCUUUGCAACCCUAACUGAGAUGGAUAGAGUAUGAUUGAUCUAGUAAAAAAUAAUAGACUUAACCCUUUUAUUAUUAAACCUGCCUCUCUCUCUCUCUCCAGUUCUCUUGUUGUGGUGGGGACGACUACAAGGACUGGGGUGUCAAUCAAUACCAUUUCUGCAAUGGCACCGGGCCACUGGCCUGUGGCGUGCCUUAUACAUGCUGUGUCCCCCACAAGGUGAAUGCUAAAACUGUUCUCCACUCCUCUGCUUUUCACCUGUUAUCUAGACUGUGUGUGCGUGUGUGUGAAUGAAAGGAGCUCUGAGAGUUAGGAUCCGAUAACACAUGAACCUUAGCCAAUAUCAUACCUGCCCUCCCCAUCAGCCUCUCACAUCUUUGGAGGAGACAUGUUUCUGUGGAUCUCAUUUAGUGCUCCACACGCACACACAGAACUGUAUGGCAACAAGGGACCACUUUUCUUAGUGGAAAAAAUAUCAGAAUGGGGCUGGCUGUGUGAACGCAGUGACUGGAAGGAUCCAUGUUCUGCUAUCAGUAUAGCCCCUCUCCACCUGCCUAUACUUCUCCUGGUGCAUUACUAGGCAAUUAACGCUAGCUGAAUUGGUUACAGUGAAAUGUGUAGAGCCACCAGGAAAGAAGAACCCGAGACCUAUUGACAAUGGAGAGAGUGGGACUAAUUAAAUCCCUGAAAAAUUUUUUUAAAAAAAAAAGGGGGGUUUUAAAAGUUUUAAAUAAUUUUUUCCCCAAAAAAAAAAUUUUCCUUUUUCCCCCCAAAAACCUUUGGGGUUUGGGGAAAAAAAGGGCUUUGAACAAAACCCCCUUUUAAACCCCCAUUGGGGUUAAUUUUUUUUAAAAAGGGAAAUUUUUUUCUUUUUUUCAUUUGUUCCCCCCCCAAAAAACUUUUUUGGGGGGGGCGGGGCCCUUUUUUAUAAAAAAUUUUUGGGGGCCCCCCUUUCCCCUUUCCCCGGGAAUGUUUGGGGGUUUUUACCCCCCCCCCCGGGGCCUUUUUGGGGGCCUUUUUGUAAAAAAUGGGGGGUUGUUUGGCCCCCAGAAAGGAAAGGGAGGGGACAAAACCCCCCAAAGGUUAAAAAAAAAAAUUAAAGGGGGGGGGGCCCCGGGAAAAAGGGAACAAAAAAAGGGGGCCCCUUUUUCCCCAUUUGGGGUUUUGGGCAAAAUAGUUUUUCUUUUUUUUUUUUCCCCGGGAGGGAGAAAAAAAGGGAGAGGGAAAAAAAAAAGGAGGGAAAAGAAGGGGGAAAAAGGGGAGGGAAAAAAAAAAAGGGGAAAAAAAAAAAAAAAAAAAAAACAAAAAAAAAAAAAAAGGGGGGAAAACCCCCCGGGGGAAAAAAAACCCCGGGGGGGGAAGAAAAAAAAAAAAAAAAAGGGGGGGGGGGGGGGGGAAAAAAAAAAAAAAAAAGGGGGAAAAAAAAGGGAAAAAGAAAAAAAAAGGGGGGGGGGAAAAAAAAAAACAAGGGGGAAAAAAAAAGGGGGAAAAAAAAAAAAAAAAAAAAAAAAAAAAAAAAGGGGGAAAAAAAAAAAAACAAAAAAAGGGGGGGGGGGGAAAAAAAAAAAAAAGGGGGGGGGGGGGAAAAAAAAAAAAAAAAAAAAAAAAAAAGGGGGGGGGAAAAAAAAAAAAAAAAGGGGGGAGGGGGGGGGAAAAGAAAAGGUUUUCUCUCUUUUCCCCUUUUCUUCUCCUCCUCCCUAUCUCUCUCUCUCUUUAGUUCCUCUUGUAGCUAGCUGCUCUCCUCUCUUUAUUUCUCUCUCUCUAUUCCUCUGUCUCUGUCUCUCUCUCUCUCUCUCUCUCUCUCUCUCUCUCUCUCUCCCUCUCCUUCGCUAUUCCUCUCUCUCUCUCUCUUGCUCUCCUCUCUUCCUCUAUCUGGCAACUCCAAAGCACCAAACAGCUAUAAACAGGGAUUAGGGGAUGUCCAGCUCUUUGUGUGUGUGUGUGUGUGUGUGUGUGUGUCCAACGUGCGUAAAUGUAUUUUUAACUUGGCCACUACAAGCAUAUAUGACUUCAGAAGAAUGGACAAUAAGUUACUCCUCUUCUUCAUAAUCUUCUUCUCUUUCUGUCUCGUUUGUCCCAGGUGGGAGAGGUUGUCAACACUCUUUGUGGUUACAAGACUCUCAGCCAACAGGUAAGGGUAAAAUAAGUUGUAUAUCCUAAUAGGCUGUGAACUUUCCCCCCUCCACUUCCAUGUGCUGCUCACUUGUUGGCCUUCAUUAGUCUGUGGAGCUUGUCAUUCUGCAGAGACAGAAGCUACGUCCCAAAUGGCAACCUAUUCCCGACACACUACUUUAGACCAGGGCCUGCAUAGGGGCGCAUUCAGAGACUGCAACAGGGAAAAGAGCAGCAGGAUCAUUUACUUUCAUGGCCCCAAAAUAUUCGUUUUUUCUCUAGCUGCAGCAUGCUGAAAAUAAGGUAGCCUAAUUGAGUCAUGCUGUAUUGUGCCAGCUGGUAGUGGCUGGUGUUGUUGUGAUAUUGAUUCAGCUGUCUCUGUUAUCUGUCCUUGAGCUGUUCUUCCCCUCCAUAAUUUCUUUGGUAUGGUGGAACAUCAAAUCAAAUCAAAUUGUAUUUGUCACAUGCGCCGAAUACAACAGGUGUAGACCUUACAGUGACAUACUUACUUAGAAAAAUACGUGUUAAGUAUACAAUAGAUAAGUAAAAAAUAAAAGCAGUAAAAUAACAGUAAAAAUAAUAGUAUCCCAGGUGUUUGUGGGGAAUAGUUCAUUAGCUUUCAAGGCACACUAUUAGUUUGUCGUAAUAGAUUCCCCCCCCCCCCCCCCAAAAAACAAAGCACUGUUUUUCUAUUGUUCAUGUUACCAUUGUAUUGCCUCAUCAUCUGUGAAAUGACUGUCUUUGUUUUGCCUUGAUGACAUGUAUUUCAAACGUAACUACGAUCAAUCAAAUGCAUCUCAUGUAGUCUCUCUCUCUCUUCUACUCCCUCUCUUUCUCUGUCAGCGUGAGCUCCUGGAUGAGGUGAUCCAUGUGCGGGGCUGUAUCCAUGCUGUCAACCUGUGGAUGGGAGACAACGUGGGAGCAACUAUUGGGCUCUGCUGUGCUAUAGGGCUGCCACAGGUCAGUCACAGACACAGACGAACACCCAACACACACGCUUGCGCAACUGUCUCCAAUCAGACAACCACCUUACCUGACCCAGGUGUGUGUGUGUGUGUGUGUGAGAGUGUGUGUGUGUGUCUAGUCCCUCAGUCUCCCCAUCCCUGAGAGGUUUCUCACAGCUUCAUUUCCAUGUUGAUUGCCUCUGAGCCAGUCUGUCUCUGUCUGUCUGUCCACCACUUCAUUAGUAUUUUGUCUUCCGCUCACCCAGACCUCAGCAAUGGAUAUGUUCCAAAUGGCACCCUGUCCCCUAUAUAGUGCACUACUCUUGACUAGGGCCCAUAGGAAAUAGCACCCCUCUCCCUGCUCUGUUGGCAACACGGCCUACAGAGCAGGGAGCAGCUUACACUUCAUCAUACCUCUGUAAUGCUUUCAUAACCAACAAGCAGCUGGAUAAUUUUCAUUGUGUUAUAAAGUCAUUUCCAAUGGAUCAGGGUUUGUUGUUUACUUUUAUGAUCCAUUCACUCUGAUAGUGUUUUUGUCUAGUUUACAGCUUUUGUCUGUCUGUCUCUAACUUAUUUUGUCCCCCCAUCCUAUCUUCCUCUUUCUCUUUCAUCCACUCUCUCUAUUCCAUUUCCUACCCCGGCCUCACCCCUCUCCUGUGCUGUGAAGGUUUUGCAGCCAGACUUCUAUGCAAGCCCCCCUGGAGACGUGUAAUAACACCACAUACUGCAGCAGCUGCACUAUUAGAUAAUGAGUCCAGUAGCAGACAGACAGUCCAAUCCAGUAGCAGACAGACAGUCCAAUCCAGUAGCACACAGUCAGUCCAAUCCAGUAGCAGACAGACAGUCCAAUCCAGUAGCAGACAGACAGUCCAGUCCAGUAGCAGACAGACAGUCCAGUCCAGUAGCAGACAGACAGUCCAAUCCAGUAGCAGACAGUCAGUCCAAUCCAGUAGCAGACAGACAGUCCAAUCCAGUAGAAGACAGACAGUCCAAUCCAGUAGCAGACAGACAGUCCAGUCCAGUAGCAGACAGACAGUCCAGUCCAGUAGAAGACAGACAGUCCAGUCCAGUAGCAGACAGACAGUCCAAUCCAGUAUGAGUUGGCAGUCCAGUCCAUUAGCAAUAGUCCAGUCCAGUAGCAGAUAGUCCAGUAGCAGACAGACCGUCCAGUAGAAGACAGUCCAGUCCAGUAGCAGACAGACAGUCCAAUCCAGUAGCAGACAGACAGUCCAAUCCAGUAGGGGACAGACAGUCCAGUCCAUUAGCAAUAGUCCAGUCCAGUAGCAGAUAGUCCAGUAGCAGACAGACCGUCCAGUAGAAGACAGUCCAGUCCAGUAGCAGACAGUCCAGUAGCAGACAGACCGUCCAGUAGCAGACAGUCCAGUCCAGUCCAGUAGAAGAAAAUCCAGUCCAGUAGCAGACAGACAGUCCAGUCCAGUAGCAGACAGUCCAGUCCAGUCCAGUAGAAGACAGACAGACAGUCCAGUCCAGUAGCAGAAAGACAGUCCAGUAGAAGCAAGACAGUCCAGUAGCAGACAGACAGUCCAGUCCAGUAGCAGAUAGUCCAGUCCAGUAGCAGAAAAUACAGUCCAGUAGCAGACAGACAGUCCAGUCCAGUAGAAGACAGACAGUCCAGUCCAGUAGAAGACAGACAGUCCAGUCCAGUAGCAGACAGACAGUCCAGUCCAGUAGAAGACAGACAGUCCAGUCCAGUAGCAGACAGACAGUCCAAUCCAGUAUGAGUUGGCAGUCCAGUCCAUUAGCAAUAGUCCAGUCCAGUAGCAGAUAGUCCAGUAGCAGACAGACCGUCCAGUAGAAGACAGUCCAGUCCAGUAGCAGACAGACAGUCCAAUCCAGUAGCAGACAGACAGUCCAAUCCAGUAGGGGACAGACAGUCCAGUCCAUUAGCAUUAGUCCAGUCCAGUAGCAGAUAGUCCAGUAGCAGACAGACCGUCCAGUAGAAGACAGUCCAGUCCAGUAGCAGACAGUCCAGUCCAGUAGCAGACAGUCCAGUAGCAGACAGACCGUCCAGUAGCAGACAGUCCAGUCCAGUCCAGUAGAAGAAAAUCCAGUCCAGUAGCAGACAGACAGUCCAGUCCAGUAGCAGACAGUCCAGUCCAGUCCAGUAGAAGACAGACAGACAGUCCAGUCCAGUAGCAGAAAGACAGUCCAGUAGAAGCAAGACAGUCCAGUAGCAGACAGACAGUCCAGUCCAGUAGCAGAUAGUCCAGUCCAGUAGCAGAAAAUACAGUCCAGUAGCAGACAGACAGUCCAGUCCAGUAGAAGACAGACAGUCCAGUCCAGUAGCAGACAGACAGUCCAGUCCAGUAGCAGUCAGACAGUCCAGUAGCAGACAGACAGUCCAGUCCAGUAGAAGACAGACAGUCCAGUCCAGUAGCAGCCAGUCCAGUCCAGUAGCAGACAGACAGUCCAGUAGCAGGCAGUCCAGUCCAGUAGCAGACAGACAGUCCAGUAGCAGGCAGUCCAGUCCAGUAGCAGGCAGACAGUCCAGUAGCAGACAGACAGUCCAGUAGCAGGCAGACAGUCCAGUAGCAGAUAGACAGUCCAGUCCAGUAGCAGACAGACAGUCCAGUAGCAGGCAGUCCAGUCCAGUAGCAGGCAGACAGUCCAGUAGCAGACAGACAGUCCAGUAGCAGGCAGACAGUCCAGUAGCAGAUAGACAGUCCAGUCCAGUAGCAGGCAGACAGUCCAGUAGCAGAUAGACAGUCCAGUCCAGUAGCAGACAUACAGACAGUCCAGUAGCAGACAGACAGACAGUCCAGUAAUCCAGGGUUCAGUAGACCACAAACUGGCUGCAGAAAACUUUCUCAAAUUGAAAAGGAAACUGGGGGUUCUUAUCAGGCCAGCUCAGGUGAACUAGUCCAUUUUGAAAGCACUGGGGAGUGGACAGCAGCACACUCAAGUUGGCUUGCCCAGGCAUAGCUCACCUUGGGACCAAAGUAAGAUAUUACUUCAUUCAAAAGUUGGAUAUUUGUGUGCCUCUGCAACUGUUGUGGUGUCAGGUACAUACAAGCACAUUAAACACACACAUGACAGUGCAUUAUAUUUAAAUACAUAGGUACAUGGUCCUUGUACAUGGUCCUUGUAUCUCCAGCUGUAGUAUAUCCCCCUGGCUGUGGGUACCAGUCCCUAUGUGCCCAGGUCAAAAGUAGUGGAAUAUAUAGGGACUAGGGUAUCAGAGUCUAACCCUAACUGGUCUCUGUGGUCCUCUAUGUUCCCUGUCUCUCUCUCCAGCUGAUGGUCUGUGUGUAAUAGUCCCAGUGUCAGAGUCUAAAUGCAACUGGCCUUUCUACUCUGUUCCCUGUGUGUCUCUCCAGCUGAUGGGCAUCAUGCUGAGCUGUAUGUUCUGGAACCUGCUAGUGGAGAUGAGUGAGUCCAUGGACAUGGUGGACUUCAAGAUCCUCAAGAGGGCUGGCUUCGAGUACAGCGAGCUGGACCUGGCUGGUGCUGGCUGCUGCCUGUGUCUACCCAGAGACGGAGGCUACCUCCCCCUGCCAGCCUUAGACCCCAUCUUGUCUGACCCUGACCUAAAGCCCAUCCCCAUCCGGGUCCAGCGGCCCCUGCCUGUCCAAGUCCACAAGCCCCUGGCCCAAUCCCUCCAAGACCUCCAGCUAUCUGGGCUUAGACUGGACGAGGUAGACAUUGGGCGUAAGCAGAAUAAGCAGAAAAGAAGGGAAUAUUGAUUAGUGAAUUUCCUGUUGUUUUGUUUUGUUGUUGUUUUGGUCACUGUGUUUGUUGAAGGACAGGUUAGACCUGUUGUACUAUUUGGUGGUCAAACCAAUCAAUGGUUAUUAACUGACAGGAUUACAGGUUAUAAUGGCCACGUUCCUAGCUGACUACAUUUCAGAUGCAUGCCAGAUCUCAAUUCCUGGAUAGGUGUUUAACAUAUCAGCUAACCACAGCAUAUGAUAUAGCAAUCUGAUGCCCGACUGCUCAGUCGAUGAUGUG